GCCAGAUAUCUUUUCUCCUCCACGCCUCUCUACCCUCUGCUUUUCUUCUUCCUCACGAAAGGAAACGAGAUGGGGAAAACCCCACAGCAACCAGCGAGCGCUGCAACUCCCCCAUGACCGUGUCGUCGCCAUGGUCGCUCCCCCGCCAUUCCGAGGGCACCACCAGAUGCGCCUCGUCGUCCUCUUCCUCCCGGUGCAAGGAAUCGAUCUGGGAGCUCUCCAAUCGACGUCAAGCUCGCCGAUUCCCAACCCCGGCCGCCACACUCCGGCGAAGAUUCCGGCCACCUCGGUCCUUCUCCGGCUUCCCCGAGCCCUUCAUCAGCACCAAGGUGAGAUCCCCGUCCUCCCAGACCUCUGCUCGCUCUCAUCCUACCUCUCUAUGAUGCUACCGGCGUUGACCACCGUGUUCUCCGCAGAACCUCGUCGCCGGUGACUCUCCGGUGAUGCCCCGGCUCUGGCGCCACCCCGUCUUGGUUCCAUGCGUCAAGGCGUAGCCCCGACGCCGUCUUGCCCGUCCCAGUUCGCAAGGAACCCCCAGAUCCCGAGCUCAUCUGCGAGCUCUGCCAUGGCCACAAGCUCCGUCGUGGUCUGCUUCAAGAGGAGGCGCAGCCAAUAUCUUUCAUCAUCUAGUUCAGCAGCCCAAUGGUGGGCCCCACCCGUCAGCGUCUCGUUGUGCCACUUCAGCAAUCCCGGCCUCGUCAGCUCCCAGUCAGCACCUUGGACCCGCGCGUCAGUGACCCGGGCUCGUUUUCCCUUUGCAUUUGCUUCUUCCCGGAUAGGAUCGCGAAGUGGUGUUGUGAGAUACGACGAGUUCUCCAGACAAGUUCUCCUGCGACUUUUCACAAAGUGA